GUAAGACCAUACGAACCAUCCAACAGAUUGUCGUACGCAAAUACUUUGUAGAGUUCUGUUAUCGGUGGUGUUGUCAGCAAUGGCUACCGGUAACUUCCCCUGCGUGAGCUGACUUUGGGAAGUUCAUCGCCAAGACCCCGGAUUUUCAUUUCUCCAUUUCCAUCUCUGCCUCAUUCCUGCCUCAGGAGUACAUAACGUCAAAUCGCGUCUUACCACCAAAGAAACCCAACAACAACUUCAACACAAGACAACAACCUUCCCAAAAAGGGAAGAAAAAUGUCAACUUCAAGACCCCCAGCCGCAGGAUCAACCUCCCAAGCUCCUGCGGGCGAAAAAUCCUUCUUCGAGCAACAAAGAGAACUCCUCUUAAAAGAUAUAGGAAUCGUCCGUUUACUCCAUCCCUCUUUGCCUGUCCAUCAAUUGCCAACUAACACUCCAAAACAGUCAUUCGAACACGUCCUAGCAAACAUAAAUAAACUAAAUCGUUCGCUGGAAGGAGUCAUCGCUGUAAGUAUCGAGGAGAUAUGUGUAGGUGAACAAAGCAGGGGGCUGAUAUAUGGAAAACAGGUCGGAAAUGAAUUCAGUUCUGUCGAAGCACUCUGGUCAACUUUCGAGAAUGUCAUGGCUAAGGAUCCGGAUGCGGAGGCGGAAACAAAUACCGGGGAGGAAGGGAGAGAGGAGGAGGAGGGUGAGACGGAAUUACCAGCAAAUCGAUGAAUUGAGACGAGUCGCUGUAGAGGAAGCGGAAACGGUUAUCACUUCAAGAGGGUGCAAGGCAUUACGACGGAAAGACAUUUGG